UUACUAUAUUCUCGUAGGAUGCAUCAAAAUUGGAUUUUUUCAUUUCCACCGAUGCUGAAUACGAAAUUUAUUCUGCUAAGGAUGUUGUGCAAAAAAACAGCUUCACAGAAAUCUACAAUGGCAAUAGUAUGGAUCUACAAUUAACUACCACUAAAGAUAACACGCGCACAAUGUUUGAGAAUUGUUACGAGAACCACACUUGGCUGAAAACAAAUUUGAGCAAUUCGAGGAAAGCGUGCGAGGAAAGCAAGCGUCAACGUAACACCCCUGACACGUCAAGGGAAGUCAAUUCAAAAAGAAUCGGACGUCCGAUCGGAUCAGACAUCGAAACUGGUCGCCGUGACGAAAUCAUCGGCGAGGAUCUAUCGGAAAUGAACGGCGGUCGUUCGCUACGGCGCGGUGAAAAAACAGAAACGUCGGCAGGUGGAGCACGUAGCGACGACGGUACAAGAAAUACCGACACGAUGGCAGAAAGAAUACGCGAGAAACGUGACAAUAAUCCGCAUCAGCGCGAACUCGGCGAGGUCGAAGAUAAGAACCGGCAAGAUCGCCGCUCGGCUCAACGUGAUGUGCAAGAAGAAACGAACAGAUCGCAGAUCGCGGCUGAAAAAAGAGGAGGAGGCAGAGAUACGGAGGAUGCGAUGGCGACAGCGGCGGUGGAGGAGGAAGAGGUGAAAAGCGUCGGCGGGCACAGAAAUCCCAGUAAGAAUCCUUAUCAACAACGUCGCGGGGAAGAACGCGAGAGGCGAUUGCCGGAUAGUAGCGCGGAGAAGAUCGACCGAUUGGAUCGAGUCGAGGAGACGAGUAGUACGAUGGAGAUAUCGGGGAAACCGGCCAAAAGGCUCGAGCGGGAUGAGCGUAGUCGACGCGAUCAACGCGAAGACGUCGAGGGAAACCCGACUGCUCUUCGAGAUAGGAAGAAAGAAGAGAAGGAUAAGGACGAGCAGGCAGAUACGACGCUUCUAAGUAAGAGUAAGGGGCCUGGAAGUAAAAGAACGGCGGACUCAGUGGGAGACGUGGAAAAGGGACGCUCCGUCCUUAAUGAAGAGAGAAAACUUCCUGUGAGCAACAGAAGGCGCCAAGGAGCGUCAACCGACCGAAGAAACGAUUCUGGGGAGACGAGAAGUCGGGCGACUAGUAAGCGUACACUCGUCCAAAAUAUGGUACAACACAAAAAUGGGACUGGGAAACAUCGUUUCGCGAAGAAACAAAAUUAAAUUUUGAUACGUUUGAUAUGCAACGCGUGCCAUUGGUGAGACGCAGACGAUCUGCUUAGAGCUAAUUGAGAUCGCUUCCGGCAAUCCUCUCGUGCAAUUAUCAAUCGUAUUAUCAUUGUGUAUCGCGGAACAAUGCAAUGCGAUCGAUUCUAGUUAUCAGGCUUCAACUACAGAAAGAUUUCUGUUGCGUGUACAGGCCCUUCAAAUCCGAUCAAGUAUCAAUUAUCGAACGCGCACUUUGUGGAGCUUGGCUGGACCCGAUUGCCGGUUACCAAAAUCAUGAGAAAGAUCGUACGUUAUGAAGCCAAACCAGCGAAGCCCGGUCUAGAUUGGUAGGUAAUAUCCAGACGCGAAAAAUGAUACAAUACGAAUCGCAUGCUACAAAUAGUAACAAGCGUGUUAUUCAUCUACUAUAGGAUCACGAAGUUUAUAUCUAUCAAAGUCUGAUAUCGCAAAGUUAACCCACAGCACGAUAUUUUAAUGGAAAAUUAAUUUAUUAAAUAUAAAUUAAUUUAGAUGAUUAUCGCGAAUUAGGUAAAUUAAUAGGUCGAGUGCUAAUGAAUUGAAUUGAAGCAGUUUAGAAAUAAGCGGGCUAAAUAACGGGCUAAAUAACGGACCAAGUAAAUUAUGUUACAGCCAACUUCGCACAUGAUUAGUUACUAACGAGUAAACAAUUAGGCCGACGAAGUUAAUGGAACGGCAUCACAAACAAGCAUGCAUUUUAAGCCGCCGUAACGAGAGCCAUGUGAUAUUGUGUAAUUAAUCGGCAAACGAUACGGUAAUUUGUUUGAACGUUAGGUCCAAAAAAUUCGAGCUCAGAGGCAUGAAAUAUUAUGACGAUGGAUUAACGCUGUUUUCGAGAUCCCAUCCCGAUGGUUCUGGCGAGUUGUUUUAUCCCAACGGUGUAUUGGCUAUUAGAAUCUACAAGCCGGAAAACCGGAAAUGUAACUGAGUUAUUUACAUAAUGCAGUUUACAUAGAGUAUUCCAUUACUACCGGAUGUUUCCACAAUGAUUCUUUGGCCUUACAGGUCUUUUAAGGAGAACGGAAUGAGCGGUCCAUUAUCCUGACUUGAUUUGUGUGUUGAUUGCAUGACAAUUUAAGUGCUUCAAAUUACGUUAUUAAAAUAACAUGGUCAAAGUUUAAAUUUUAUCGAAAAUGGAAUUUUUAAUGUUAUGCAGAUUCUCAAACAUUUAUGUCUCUAUGCUGAUACACAACCGUUAUAUUUCCUUCUAUCAUCCAUGAUUAAUAUUCGGUAAUUUUGGAAUAUCUUGUGUAUCAAUAUACAUAUAUAUGGAACACAUAAUACAAUUAAAUUGCGAAUUUAUCGUUGUCUAUCGAAAAGUCAAAAACAGAUCGAGAUAAUACUCUCUCGUUAAAUAUUCCACAAGAUAUAUCGACUAACUUUGGCAAUCCUUUGGCCGAAGCGUUUCGAUUCGCGACGAUCGCAUUCGUAAAUAUCAAUUCGGUCUCGGACCGGCUUUCGGGCGGGCUUAAAAAAAUCGCUGCUAUCGAUUUCAAGACGAUAUGUAUACUGUGUUCACGCCAGGAGGCAAAGACGCAUUGGCGAUCAAGAGGGAGUCUCAGAUCUUGGCGAUAUUCGACAGCAUGGGAUACGGCGUCGUUUUCGACAUGGACGGCGCGGCGAGGUUUGUUCGGAAAAAGAAUUUACAAAGAAUGUUUAAUUACUGUCGAGGUGGCUCUCUCGUUCGCCAAUUCAGGACUCCAAUUACUUCUGCAGGCUGUCCUACAACCAGAUCGGAGGAAUUUUUACGGACAAUCCCGCCGGUCUGCCCCUCGUUUGGACUUGGAACACGAAUCCGAGGGAAUCGAUACUCGAGACCGUGUACACGGAAAAUUUAACCGAUGAAAUGAAAUUUUUCCCACCGACUGACAAAUCGGCGGAAAGGUGAGAUGCUCUUUCAAAGACUUAUGUACUUAUAUGGAGCAUCGAUGUUCACACGCAUCAUGUUCCGAUUACGUUUGAUUGGCUUCGCAGUUCCGGAAAUGUUAAGACACCGAUAUCACCGUCCGGCUCGAGAAAUAAGGAAAAGAAGGUCGCUGAAGUGCAGAAACCUGUUGUCGAGGAACGACAAGAAGAGGUCGGGAGCAAGUAUGUCAAGCAAAAAAGUAGAGCGAAUUCUAUCCAAACAAAGCAGUCUAAUUACGCCACAUAUUACCGUUCUGGAAAUAAAUUAUAGCAAUCGCGCGCGUAUAUUUUGUUAAGCGCAUCUUUCUCUCGUUCGGAGAUAUUGUCCUACAUAAAAUGUUUUAAACGAAUUAAAUUAUACGUGUUGAAAAUUAAUGCAUUAGCAAAUUACAUAUACCCGUCGUUCCGUUAAUAAUUGAAAUUAAUACAUUAUUCAUGUCUUUAGAUCGAACGGUAACCAAGAGUUUCCGAAAGAAGAAGACGUUCAUCACAUAAAAAUAAUGUGCAUGAAAUUGAAUGAAUUUUUUAGCCUGCGAAUCGUCGAUCGGAAGAAUAUCAGUUUACGGUUUUCUGCUAGAAAUAAGAAUAUCAGGUUUCGUGAUUACCUUGAUUGAUACCACAUAUACUUUCAGAUACUUAAUAAUUUUAUAUAAGUUGAUUAUGAUCUAUUAAUUAUCUUCGUUUUACUUUAAUAGGAUAGAAUUGGGUACAAUUGUGAAUUUUAAUAAAGAAGUAGCAUCUUACAUGGUGGAAGCAAGUGAUUGGAAAAGCG